CAGUACACAGCUAGAUUGCUAAUUCCCGGACCGGUACCUUGCCGAGGCAAAGCGUAGGCCUAGCCUAAAUCAAGACUCCCAAACACAUUUCGUUUGUAGCCGGUAUACGAUAAACAAUUUACCAGUAUGGUAGACACACAAGUCAAAGUACAGCAAAAGGAUUGGGUUAUUGCAGGUGGAAAGUGGAAGAGGUCGUCAGAUCUCCCACUUCAUCGAAGUCAGAGUGUAGAAUUCUCGAUCGAUUCUCUUCUGGAAUCUCUACACUUGAGUGAGGAUAACCUUCGCGAUAUUAUGCAUAGAUUGGAUCGUGAGAUGGUGAAAGGAUUAGAAGCAGCGACCAAUGCUACGGCUAAGGUUAAAAUGUUCCCAACUUAUGUGAGAUCAAUCCCAGAUGGCUCAGAGCAUGGAAGCUUUCUUGCCCUUGAUCUCGGUGGUAGUAACUUUCGAGUCCUUUUGGUGGACCUACUGGAUGGUGGUGUCAAGUUACAGAGCGAAACGUUUGCACUUUCAAAAGAUAUAAUGACAGGUACCGGUGACCAGCUGUUUGAUUAUAUAGCCGAGUGUCUAGGAAACUUCAAAGUAAAAAUGGGGAUUAAGGAAAAGUUGCCGCUGGGAUUCACCUUCUCCUUCCCCUGUUCCCAGAAGGGUUUGACUUCAGCAUUCCUUGUGACAUGGACUAAAGGUUUCUCUGCAUCAGGUGUUGAGAACAAAGAUGUUGUCGUGUUGCUGCAACAAGCAUGCACCAGGAAGAAUGUUGAGUUGGAUAUUGUUGCAGUUGUGAACGACACAGUUGGUACAUUGAUGUCAUGCGCCUACACUAAUCCAAAUUGCUACAUUGGAAUGAUUCUUGGUACGGGUACCAAUACCUGCUAUAUGGAAGAGCUCGAUAAUGUGGAAUUAUGGGAUGGAGAUGAUAAAAAGCCAAGGCAGGUGAUAAUCAACAUGGAGUGGGGUGCAUUUGGUGAUGAUGGGGUCCUAGAUGAUGUACGAACAGAGUUUGAUAAAAAAACGGAUGAACUAACACCAAACAAAGGAAAACAACUGUAUGAGAAGAUGAUAUCAGGCAUGUAUCUGGGUGAGAUAACACGCCAAGCAAUGUUAAAACUAGCAGAUCACAAGAUGCUGUUUCAAGGAAAGGUUUCUGACAAACUUAAUGAGCCAUGGAAGUUUGAAACACGAUUCCUGUCUGACAUCGAAGGUGAUACCGGUGAAAGUUUAACCAAGGUAGCGGAAAUUUUGAAGGGCCUUGAUGUUAAAUAUAACCAGCAGGAUCUCCACAUUGUAAAUCUAGUCUGCCAGGCUGUCUCAUCUCGUGCCGCCAAGCUAGCGUCAGCUGGUGUAGCGUCAGUUGCCAACAAGAUCAACAGGGAUAAAAUCACUGUCGGAAUCGAUGGCUCCCUUUACAAAAAACAUCCAAAGUUCCAUGAUCACAUGGUGAAUUUCCUCGAAAAAUUGGCACCAAAGAAAAAAGUUUCAUUUAUGCUUUCAGAGGAUGGUAGUGGUAAAGGUGCAGCCUUAGUAGCUGCUGUUGCCUCCCGAGUAUAAAACAUGUAAAAUUCUACAAUUCAUUUCAGUUAUUUUUUUUUUUUUCUUAUAUAGACGAUAUAUAGUAAUGAUGUGUCUAAAUAUGGUCAUGAUAUGAUGUCAUCAUGACCAUAUUUAGGCAUGUGACAUGUUUUUCUUAUGUAAUAUUUGAUAGUCAAGACAGGACCUUAAAUAGUAAACAGAAAAUAGCGAAAAGAUCUGCAUGGAAAUAUAUAGGUAGAAAUAGAAUCAAUAUAAGAUAAUAAGUCAUAUUGUACAAUUACCAAAUAAUAAUACGAUUUUGUGUAAUUUUAGAAUUUAUAUCCUCCAAGUAAAUAAUACAAUUUUAUAUUGCUCAUACCAAAGAGUAUAAAUAGAACAAGAGA